CUCCAUCAGGCGACCUUUUCGUAGCAAACUGACGGGGACCUUCGACAGAGUCCGUGCCAUUGUGUAAGCAAACCCUGGCAGUACCUACGAAAAAUGACUUGAGAGGGACCUGGUCGAAACCCAUCAAACUGCGUCAAGGUUGCACCGAAGGACGCCUUUCCACCCGUUGAACAUAUAUAUAACUGUGUUGACUUCCCCUGCCUCUGGGUCUUUGCAUUCUACACUGGCUACUUUUAUCAGGCUUUUGAACAAUCCCCUUAGGAUUCUUUGUCAAUGACAACAUGAUGGCUUGUCGCUGUUCCCACAGACAUCACACCCACCACGCUGACUCGGAGCAUCUAACACAUCAUCGAGAUGAAAAUGCACUUAGUACGGAUGGUCAUGAUGGCCAUGCUCUCGGGGUACCCGACUACUCGACUCACGAACACUGUUCUCGACCCGCGUGCCAUAGAAUGAGAACAGAUGCCCAACACAUAUACAGUGAUCUACACAACGAACCGUUGAUGUGUUGUCGAGCCCACCCUCAGAACGUCCAUGACGACUACGAGGAGGAAUGCCACGCUCAUCAAACCCAUUCCCAGCUCCAAUUCCAUUCCCCAGAAGUGCAGAAUCACAGACACAAUCACCUUCAUUUCCAUAAGCACUUCACCCUCCCAUCUAGUACAGAGGGACUAUGUCAUUCUCAUUCUCAUUCCCAGUCCCAGAGUACGGCGCAUGUCUGUCACAAUCUCUCAUCCCAUUCACAGUGUCAGUCUAACUCCCACUCCAAUUCACAUGCCCAUUAUCGCGCGCACUCGCAUGCACACGCUCGCUCUCAUGGCCAUUCCCAUUCGCAUUCGCAUUUCCAUGCAACCUACCGAGAACGAUGCCAUCACCACCAGACCAGAAAGGCAUAUGGGCCCCCUCUUCCUCUCUCCUUCAUGGCCUGUACUCGACGAGAAGGAAGGAGUCGGUCAAGAGAUCCGAACUUUUAGAGUAGCUUUCUUUAAUUCCCUAAGCAAUGGUAAAUCAUUUCGGG